AUGGGAUUCCCAUCCAACGGUUCAGAUGAAAAGUCCCUCAAGUUUCUAAUAUACGGUCGCACCGGCUGGAUUGGAGGACUCUUGGGCAAGCUCUGCACUGCCCAAGGGAUCCAAUUCGAAUACGGGUCGGGUCGACUUGAGAACCGAUCCUCCUUGGAAUCUGACAUAGCGGAGGUUAAACCAACUCACGUGUUCAACGCUGCCGGUGUUACGGGUCGACCCAACGUUGACUGGUGCGAGACGCAUAAAGUGGAAACUAUCCGUGCUAACGUGGUGGGGACUCUUACUCUUGCUGAUGUCUGCCGUGAACGGGGACUUGUUGUUAUUAAUUUCGCUACUGGGUGUAUUUUCGAGUAUGAUUCCGGUCAUACUCUUGGAUCCGGUGUUGGAUUCAAAGAAGAAGAUACUCCUAAUUUCAUUGGUUCGUUUUACUCCAAGACUAAGGCUAUGGUAGAGGAUCUACUCAGGAACUAUGAUAAUGUAUGUACGUUGAGAGUCAGGAUGCCUAUUUCAUCUGAUCUAUCCAACCCUCGCAAUUUCAUCACAAAGAUAUCUCGAUAUGAAAAGGUUGUCGAUAUUCCAAACUCAAUGACUAUAUUGGACGAACUUCUUCCCAUUUCCAUAGAGAUGGCAAAGAGAAAUCUCACUGGAAUCUGGAACUUCACAAAUCCAGGAGUUGUUAGCCACAAUGAAAUCUUACAGAUGUAUAAAGACUAUAUUGAUUCCGACUUCACAUGGAAGAACUUCACUCUUGAGGAACAAGCCAAGGUGAUAGUUGCUCCGAGAAGUAACAAUGAGCUAGACGCAAGCAAAUUGAAGAAGGAAUUUCCAGAACUGCUGUCUAUUAAGGAUUCACUCAUUAAGAAUGUGUUCAAGCCAAAUCAGAAGGUUAAAGCUUGA